CAAUAAAGUUGUGGUCGGAGGGUGGAAGAGGCGAAUUGCCCCGCGGUGGGGCUCGGGAAGCCGCGGCUCGGGGCUGUCAGAGGUGCUGCCAGCGGGUCUGAUACCAGCGGCUGGCCCCGGCUGCGCGGCCGGGGGCGGGCGGGUGCUGCGGGUCUCGUGUGUGCACCCCCCUCCCGCCCCCCGUGCGCUCUCGGUCCCUCCCUGGGAACAGGCGCUGCCCACCCAAGGAGGCGACCGGCGCUCCUGCCCCGCUGCCGCUCGCUCGCUCACUCACACACAUCACACAGACACACACACAUAUACCGUGCGUGCGCCUCUCGCUCCCGCACUGGAGUCAGUGCUUGUGCCUGCAGGUUGCUCAGACCUGAAAUCUAAGGGAAAAGCUCAGCGUUUGCGUCGCUGCUCCUGCCGCCGGUGGUGGUAGCGGUGAAGAGAGUGGGUUGUGGGGUUUUUUUGCUUGGUGGCUUUUUUUUUUUCCUUCCCCCUUGAAUUCAAUGGAUCUGAACUUGGAGCGUUUAGACCUCGGCGGUAUUGGAAUAUCUACAUGCUGAUCAUCUUUGUUGUGACACAUCGAGUCGUUUGGGGAAACCAUCCGAAGACAGCAAGAUGUUUCUCGUUCUCUUGUACUUCGCUUUGCCCUUAGUGGAAGUGAGCGGGCUGCCUGGAGGGGACCGCCUGGACUGCGUGAAAGCCAGCGAUCAGUGUCUGAAGGAGCAGAGCUGUAGUACUAAAUUCAGGACACUGAGGCAGUGUGUAGCCGGCAAAGAGAGCAACUUCAGCCGGGCCACGGGCCUGGAGGCGAAGGACGAAUGCAGAAGCGCCAUGGAAGCUCUUAAGCAGAAAUCCCUGUACAACUGCCGCUGCAAGAGGGGCAUGAAGAAGGAGAAGAACUGCCUGCGCAUUUACUGGAGCAUGUACCAGAGCUUGCAGGGAAAUGAUUUGCUUGAAGAUUCCCCUUAUGAGCCAGUUAACAGCAGACUAUCAGACAUAUUCAGGCUAGCACCAAUGGUAUCAGUGGAGCCAGUACUUUCAAAGGGGAACAAUUGCUUGGAUGCAGCCAAAGCUUGUAACCUAAACGAUACCUGCAAGAGGUUCAGAUCUGCUUACAUAACCCCCUGCACCAGCAGCACGUCCAAUGAGAUCUGUAACAAGCGGAAGUGCCAUAAGGCCCUGCGGCUGUUUUUUGACAAGGUCCCCCCCAAGCACAGCUACGGGAUGCUCUUCUGCUCCUGUCGAGACGUAGCCUGUACUGAGAGGAGGCGCCAGACUAUUGUUCCUGUGUGCUCCUAUGAGGACAGGGAGAAACCGAACUGCCUGAAUUUACAAGAGUCCUGCAAGAAGAAUUACAUCUGCAGAUCUCGCCUUGCAGAUUUCUUCACAAACUGCCAGCCUGAGUCACGCUCUGUUAGUGGCUGUCUGAAGGAGAACUAUGCUGACUGCCUGCUUGCUUACUCGGGGCUCAUUGGCACUGUGAUGACACCAAACUACAUCAACUCCAGCAGCCUCAGCGUGGCCCCGUGGUGCGACUGCAGCAACAGCGGCAACGACGAAGAGGAGUGCAAGAAAUUUCUGAAUUUCUUCCAGGACAACACAUGCCUUAAAAAUGCAAUUCAGGCCUUUGGCAAUGGCACUGAUGUGAAUGUCUGGCAGCCAAUCUUACCAGUACAGACCACUACAGCCACAACUACGACAGCUUCCAGACUUAGAAACACAGGGGCAGAGACCACCAACAACGAAAUACCCUCCCACAAUGAUUCACCAGCAUGUGCAAACCUGCAGGCACAGAAGAAGCGAAAAUCCAAUGAAUCUGUAGAUACAGAGCUCUGUCUUAAUGAGAACGCUCUGGGGAAGGACAACACAGCGGGAGUCUCCACCAGUCACAUAUCCACGGAGAAUUCCCUGGCUCUUCCUACCAGCUCCUAUCUAAGCACACAGCUCACCCUGAUGGCACUUGCACUCUCACUCUUUUUGUCCCUAAGCUCAUCAGUCGUCUUGUAGCUGCAUUACAAAAGGACAAAAGUGUUAAAAAAAAAAAAUUCAAAAAAAAAAAAAAUCUGUUUGCUGUCCUCUGUUGUUUAUCUGGAAUUCCAGGUCUGGGAGCUAAGCUGAGGCACUCCUGCUAGAACAGUCUCAGUCAGCUGGAAUUAUUAUUUUUUUUUUCUCUCUAAAAAAAGCUUCUUGUGAUAUUUAGAGGCUUUGUGAAAUACUUGGUGCAGUGCUACAUUCCAAACCCAAAAGGCUUUUGGGCAUGCUGUGUUUUAAAGAGACAGUGUGUAAAUUUGCCUGUAAAGCAACCUGGUUGGAUUAUUUUAAUAAUUAUUAUUUUAAUUCUGGCUUUUACCUGAGAAAGAAGAUGAUGGUUUUCUUAAAAUCUUGUUUAUCACAUUGAAUGGUUUUGGUUUUCAAACUGGUUGAACUUCAGACUAUCAAGGAUGCCAGGCUUUUGUCUAAUGGUGAAUGUUCUCCCAGAGAGUGGACUUUAUGAAACUUCUUCAUCUGAUAAACCGCUACUGAUGUUAAACUCUUUCAGUGUGUUAGCAUUUUCCUCUUUCAAUGUUUCUGUACUGUAAGUGAUUCUGCGUUCCCUGCUGAGAAGCCAUUCUAACUCACAUACAGGUAUAAUGUAUGUCUUUCAGUUCAGUUCUCAUAGAGUGUGGCGUAGAACCUCCUAACAGUACAUUUCUCUUUUGAUUAUAAUCAUCUAGCCUUAACAAGAGUGAAGAUUCUUUACAUUAGCAAGAUGCAGCCAUUGUGAAAGCUUGAUAAAGAUACAUUUCUUUAAAUAUGAGGAACAAAUAUUGCUACAGGGUUUCAGCUGUACAGUCUAUGGUCUUCUAUGCUCCCAUUGUGAUAAUAUAGUCCAGUUAUUAUUAUACUCUUUGUUUAAUAAAAAAAUGACAUACAAUUUA